AAAAAUUAGUAUGUAUAUCUGAAAUGUUUUUCUCGUUUUGGAUAUCUGAUAUUACAAUUAUUACUAGUAACAAUUGGAUUGUAGAUAUCUGAGAUUAGAGCUCUUCCUAGUAAUGUAUUCAACAUGGCAUAUGAAAAUGAAUAAAAACUUUGUCUCCUUCUAAAAUUAUAAGUAAUUGAAAGCACAAAAUGCACAUUUUGCAACACCAUAAUUUAACUUAAGCCAUGUUCGCGAGGGACUAGUAUUACCUAGUGAUAUCAUGUGAUAUAGAAAUGAUCCCGCCACAUCUGUUUGGUGUGGCACAUUCACACAGGAUAAGGAAGUCUGUCAGCUUUGUGUUUUUGGACAAAGCAAUAAAACAGGGUUUCAGGUUCUAAUCUUCGAUUUUCCUGCCUGCUUUGUCCAGAUCUUGCAGUUGAAUUGCUUAAUCAUGACUGAGAGUUUGAUAAAAUAUUUAAUUGGCUGGCUGACCUGCUUAUUCACACCUGAGGUGAGAUAAGUGUGAUUGGUGCAGCCUUUGUAAUAGGAGGUGGGGAUUCUCUACCGCCUCUCCCAGAGAGGUUGCAUGAGUUAACAUCAACAUUUCAAACAGGUUGAAACCAGAAGCCUUGGUUGUGACAACCAGACGUAUCAUUUAACUUUGAAAGCAGCUUUUCAGUGAAAAGGUUUACUCAAAGGAGCCAGGUCCAGGUGAAGUACAAUCAUGUUGGAAGAUCUUUUCCAGUCCUCCACUGCAGUCUCCCUGUUGGUGGCCAUUGUGGGCCUGCUGGUCCUCCACCUUUUUAACUCCAGCUUCAGCUCCAAAGACCAGAGGGAGCCUCCAGGACCUUAUCCUCUUCCCCUGCUUGGUAACUUGCUUCAGGUGGAUCUCAAUAAACUCGACAUAUCCCUUGUUGAUCUGUCCAAAAAAUAUGGACCAGUGUUCACAGUCUACUUUGGACCGAAGAAGGUGGUGGUCCUGGCAGGAUACAGGACAGUCAAACAGGCUCUGGUCAACCAUGCUGAGGAGUUUGGAGACCGAGAGGUCACUCCCAUAUUCCAUGAUUUCAACAAAGGAAAUGGUAUACUAUUUACCAAUGGUGACUCGUGGAAAGAAAUGAGACGUUUUGCUCUAACUACACUGAGAGAAUUUGGGAUGGGCAAAAGGAUUAGUGAAGAGAAGAUCAUUGAGGAAUGUCGCUACCUGAUUGAAGAAUUUGAGAAACAUAAGGGUAAACCCUUCAACGACGCCCAGACAGUUAAUAACGCAACUUCAAAUAUUAUAUCAGCUAUCAUGUUUGGAAAGCGGUUUGAAUACAAAGACCCUGUCUUCCAAGCUAUGGUGGAGAGAGACAACGAGACCAUCCAUCUGACUGGAUCAGCAUCCAUCCUGAUGUACAACAUGUUUCCUUGGCUGGGCCCUUUUCUUAAAAACUGGAGGGAUGCGAUGAAGAAUGUGGAGGCCAACAGGGAGGACAUAAAAAGCUUAAUAGCUGACUUGAAGGAGACUCUGAACCCUGAGAUGUGCAGAUGCUUUGUCGAUGCAUUCCUGAGCCGUAAGCUACAUGUGGAGGAGUCUGAAAUCAAGGAUUCACACUAUCAUGAUGACAACCUGGUCGACAGUGUGAUGAAUCUGUUUGCAGCUGGGACUGAUACUACAGGAAAUACACUUCAGUGGUGUUUACUUUUCAUGGCCAAGUACCCUCAUUUCCAAGACCAGGUCCAGGCAGAGCUGAGCAGGGUGGUCGGUAGCCGACAGGUCCGGGUAGAGGACAGGAUGAGCCUGCCGUACACUGAUGCUGUCAUCCAUGAGACACAGAGACUGGCCAACAUUGUCCCCAUGUCCAUUCCUCACAAAACCAGCCGAGACGUCUCCUUCCAGGGCUACUUUAUCAAAGAGGGGACUACUGUGUUUCCUCUUCUUACUUCUGUCCUGCAUGAUGAAAACGAGUGGGAGAGCCCACACACCUUCAACCCUUCCCACUUCCUAGAUAAGGAGGGUAGAUUUAUCAGGAGAGACGCCUUCAUGCCCUUUUCUGCAGGUCGCAGGGUGUGUCUUGGGGAAAGUCUGGCUAAGAUGGAGCUCUUCCUCUUCUUCACCGCCCUCCUCCAGCGCUUUCGUUUCACUCCUCCACCUGGAGUUACAGAGGAUGAACUGGAUCUGACACCAGCCGUGGGCUUUAUCCUCGCCCCAUUACCUCAUGAGCUGUGUGCUGUCAGUCGCCAAUGAGGAAAUCCUAAACAUGCUACAUUGCUACAUUUGCCUUUAUUCUGGCUUCUCACUGUUGAUUAUUUUCAUAAAUGGAUGUAUUUGGUUUUGUAAUUUGUCAAGCGUUUAAUUUCUUAUAUAGCAGAAACAUGUCCUAUUACUAUAAAUAAAUUUAGACUUGCUUCUCGA